CGCUUUCAUGCAUAUAAACCCCUUUUGUUUGUUACCAACUUCCUAUCUUCUCUUUGUUGUUUGUUUUAAGCCUCAACGUCAUUUAUUUCAAUUAUUAAAAUAUUUCUAUGAAUUUCAAAUGUCACUCAAUUCUUGUUUAGCAUGUUAAAAUAAUUUAUGCUAUAUUACAUUUUAGUUUUUCUAACCUCCCACACUCUCAAACUUUUAUGUUUUUUUUCCUUAUUCUUUUAGUUAAUCUAGUAUGUCAACCAAGAUGGAGAAUUUUUCCACAGAUAUUGUCAAUACAGGAGUUGAGAAUGAAGGUCCUUAUGCAGGCUCCCUUAAUUUUUCAGUUAGGGUUCGACGAGGUUUACCCAACUUUCUUAACUCGAUGAAUCUUAAAUAUGUGAAGCUUGGAUACCAGUAUUUGAUUAGCCAUGGUUUGUACAUUGUAGCCGCGCCACUUCUAGCCUUAAUCGUUGGUGCCCAUCUAGGAAAGCUCAUAUGGGAUGACUAUGACCUUGAUUACGAUUUUUCUAGUGCCAUUUUGUUAUUAGGUCUCAUAUACUUGGUUGAUUUUACCUAUAAUUUCCUUCUUCCUAGACCAACCUACUUGAUUGAUUUUGCUUGUUAUUCACCACCAAAGGAGCUUAAGGUUUCAAAGAAGGAGUUCAUCGACUUGGCUAGAAAAUCAGGCAACUUUGAUGAAAAAACAUUAGUUUUUCAAGAAAAAGCCCUAAAAUAUUCUGGCAUUGGAGAUGAAACAUGUAUGCCUAAGGCAAUAUUUCAGCCUGGAUUCAAGAGAUCUCUCAAGCAAUCUAGAGAAGAAGCAGCCAUGGUUAUUUUCGGAGCUAUUGAUGAUCUCUUAGCAGCUACAAAAAUCAACCCAAAAGACAUUACUAUACUCAUUGUUAAUUGUACUACACUUAACACUACACCAUCACUUUCUGCUAUGGUAAUUAACCAUUACAAGCUUAAGCACAAUGUUCAAAGCUUUAAUCUUGGCGGUAUGGGUUGUGCUGCUGGAGCUGUUGCCAUUGACAUGGCUCAAGACCUCUUGAAUGUUUAUCCGGGUUCAUACGCGCUUGUUGUUAGCACAGAGAUCAUUAGCCAUUCAUGGUAUACAGGAAAGGAACUAGAUAUGGUGAUCCCAAAUUGCUUCCUUAGGAUGGGAGGUGCUGCUAUGCUGCUCUCAAAUCGUCGCCUUGAUCGUUGGAGGGCCAAGUAUGAGUUAAAACAGGUUGUUCGCACUAAUAAGGGCAUGGACAAUAGGAGCUUCAAGAGCAUAUACUUGAAAGAAGACGCCGAAGGGCAGCUAGGCAUCUCAGUAAGCAAAGAUGUGUUAGAAGUUGGUGGAAAUGCAGUCAAGGCUAACAUCACCACCCUAGGGCCAUUAGUCCUACCAUUCACCGAACAAUUUCAAUUUUUCACCACUUUGUUACGUAACAAAACCUCAUCUAGGCCUUACAUACCGAACUUCAAGCAAGCAUUCAAUCAUUUUUGCAUCAUUGCAACAAGCAAGAAAGUGAUCGAUGAAUUCGAGAAGAACUUAGAGCUCACAACGGAGUACAUGGAACCAUCAAGGAGAACAUUAGAGAGAUUUGGUAACACUUCUAGUAGUAGUGUUUGGUAUGAGUUAGCUUAUUUGGAAGCUAAUAAAAAGAUGAAAAGAGGUGAUAGGGUUUGGCAAAUAAGUUUUGGAUCUGGUAUUAAGUGCAAUAGUCUUGUGUGGAGGGCUCUUAGGAACAUUGAAAAGCCUAACAAAAGUCCAUGGUUUGAUCAAGAAGACUCCAUUUAAAAAGUUUUAUUGCAAAGAUAAAAUAAA